CGCUGAGCAACCGUCAUGAACACAUCGAUCGACAUCGCUUUGCGUUUUAAGAGCCUUUUGUCCGUUGAAAGUGAGUCUCGUGCCGAAAUAAAUAUUGGGAGUGUCGGAAAUAGCGAUGUGCGAUCGUCAGGGAAUAUCGCAAGGACGUUAUUACUCGCUACAGCGAUAACGCCGGCCGAUCGGAGACACGGAUCGAUACAAUCGUGAAUAACUCCGCUCGUGAACGUCGCAGCGACUUGAAACAAGGAUCAUUGGGAAGGAAAAAUUAUCGCGCUCGCGAUAGACACGAAAUCACCUUUCUAUGGAAUAAGGAUCGACUAGCGUAAUCUUCAUUCCGCAAAGAAAGUAACGGUAUAAAGGGAAACCUAGAUACGCUUCCAAGGGGAAUCGCGCGGAUAUGUUUAAUCGCCACUGAAGAGGUUAAGGCUGAAUGCUAGAGAUACCGAUAUAACAUAGUUUCGUAAUUUCUUUCUGUUUUUCUAAUUGGAUGCGUCAAAUAAAAAUGCGAAAUUGCUUUUACAGGAUAAUAACACAAACGUUAAUGAAUGAGCGUUUGAUGCUGACACACACACACACACACACACACACACACACACACACACAGAAAUUAACAAAAAAAUGUUUUAUUUACCGAACGAUUAUAAAAAAAUGUUUAUUUAUUUAAUGUAACUAUUAAGCAUCAUCCACUCAUUAACGUUUGUACUUUCACUCUGUAAAAAUAUUUUCAAUUUGAUGCUUCCAGAAGAAAAGAAAAGACUAUGGCCGAUACUCAUAGUCCAAUCUUAUAUUUAAGAUCGUAUUAAAUACUGUUUCAAGAUGUCAUGAACCAAUCACAGAACCGUAUUCGCAUCUUAAGACAUUUCUUAAGGUAGUACUAUCGCGAUAGUACUAUCAAAAAGUUUAGUCCUACAGUAGAAAAAAAAAGUUCCUUCUUGGUUACGUGCGCAACCAAUUGAUUUUGACUGAAACUGUCUCUACUACACACACACAUAACAGUGACGCGUCCCAACGAACACACACUUACACAUGCGUUGUUGCUACACUUCACGCUUCAAUUUUUCGUACUUACAAUAAUACUAGAUUAAGACAUUUAGACGUCGAUAUCUUUAAAACUAUGUGGUAAAAAAUUUUGAUAUUUUUAUUAUAUCCGUAUAAUUAGUCUUGAAUAUUAUUGUAGUUUUUCAUAAAACUCUUGGAUGUAGUUUGACGACCAGAAUUAGAAAUAUUUUAUCGGGAGCUAUUUUCGUAAUGCGAUACACGUUAAAAGUGCCAACUUUGACUUUCGUUAUCUCAGCUUUUGCAUGGUCAAUCUAUUUCUAAUUGCACCAGUAAUUAGAUAAUAUUAAAAUUUAUAUAUAGUGCAUUAGAUAAUAUUAAAAUUUAUAUAUAGUGUAAAUUUCAACGAAUUCUUGGAUAAUUCAUUUUGUGCAUGUACUAUCUUAAGACAGUCUUGAAAUAAGAUUCGACUAUGAAUACCGGCCUAUGGAACUACGUUAUGUCGGCAUUCAGAGCAUACCUUUAACAUCAAUUUAAGAAACCUGCAGAAAGCUGGCGAUCCGUGAGGAAGUAUAGUGGCGCCCACUUCGCGCAUCCCGCGUGACGUGAUCUCCGCUAUGACGUAAGAGACGCGCGCGCGGCGACAGCGUAACGCGCGCUCCGCAGCGACGGCGAUCCCCUGUAUUCCGUGUUACCCUUCACGGGUAGAGAAAGAGAGAAAGAGAGAGAGAGAGAGAGAGAGUGAGAGCGCGGGAGCGAGACUCACGGAUAUAUACAUUGGCGCGCACGUCGCGCCGCGUCGUGUCGUGUCGGUCGCUCCCGGCGAGUGUCGUGUCGCGGCGCGGCGCGGCGCGGCGCGCGUCGCUCCUCACUUCGCGUCGGAACGCCGCAGCGAGUGGACGUGUGUUCGAAUUAAUUGCGCGUCAGCAGCGAGAGAGAGACAGAGGCAGCGAGAGAGAAAGAGAGAGAGAGGUCGCGCCGGCAGCGCGGUGGCGCGCAGCGACACUAACGGCCGCGGGUUGGUACGCCUCAGUGCACGAUUGGCGCAGCGACGGACGGUUCGCGACGACGAGCACGAUUUGGCGGCGAUUGACGCGCGAAUAUAUCCCGCGAAGUGUUCGGCGGCGGCGGCACGCGUGCAACGGAUCGAUCGUGACCGCGGGCCUCAGUGAGUCCGGAUAUCGGGAAUUCUAGUUUCUGUGUGAAACGCCGCGCUCUCGCGCAGAUCCUCGUGUAUUCGCGCGGCUCCGUUACAACGACGUCGCCGACAACGACGAUCACGACAACGACGACAACGACGACGACGACCACGACGACCACGACGACCACGACGGCAACGACGGCGACGGCGGCGGUGCAGAAGACGACGACGGGCUUGUGCUUCAUGAGUGCUCCGGACAUCGCCACACUGCUUCGAGGGGACGACGACGACUACCUGUCGCGAGGAUUUUCCUGCGCGGAUCAUCGGCUGGCGGCACCCGCGUCUUCGCAUUGACGGCGCCGUAGCCAAGAUCACGAUGACUAUGGACGUGAGCAAAUCCGAGACGAAUAAAAAUGGCUCGACGCAGCAGGAGUGCGCCGGCUGCGGAAAGACAAUUACGGAGAGGUACCUCCUCAAGGCCUUGGACCUCUACUGGCACGAGGACUGCCUCAAGUGCGGAUGCUGCGACUGUAGGUUAGGAGAGGUCGGCUCUACCCUCUACACCAAAGCUAACCUUAUCCUCUGUAAGAGGGACUACCUCAGGCUCUUCGGCAACACAGGAUGCUGCGCGGCAUGUAACAAACAAAUACCGGCGUUCGAGAUGGUCAUGAGGGCCAGGACGAAUGUCUAUCAUCUCGACUGCUUCGCCUGUCAACAAUGCACUCAUCGGUUUUGCGUGGGCGAUCGGUUUUACUUGUGCGAGAAUAAGAUUCUCUGCGAGUACGACUAUGAGGAGAGGCUAGCCUUCGCUAAUAUGGCGCUACAGACACCCGCCUCAUUAGCAUACAUCAAAAGGCAACUUCCCCCUACACCGACGCCCCCGGGCCAGAACAUGCACCCGGGACACAAUCCGCUGCAAGCUCAUCAAGGUCUGGGGCAGUCGGUGGCUCAACACAAUCACGUGCCCAACGGUCAAAUGUCGGGCGGCACGCCGACGGUGAACGGGACGGCUAUAGGAGUCGGCGGACCGAGGGCGCCGGGCGAUAUGAACAACAACGGCCUGUCCGGACCCGCUCUCGGGCCCGUGAAGCCGCCCCCGAUGUCGAUGCAGGCGCCGACCAGCUGAAACGAGGCUUCGCCGCCUCUGAAGAAGCUCAGGUGUCUCAGUGGUUACUAAGACCGACGGGAGUGCUCCUCGCUCCGCGGAGAUAAUUGCAUAUUCCAAGGAACGGACGGGAGGAGCAAAGGGGGGGAAGAGGGAGUGGGGACGGAAGAAGUAUACGUUGCACCGCUGAGGACGACGCGAUGGACAAAAAGGGGUCGUUGAGGGGUCGAAGAGUGAUAGACUGGGGUCGACAAGCAAGCUGGACGGUACGCGGAACGUGUGCGCCAAGUAUCGGAGACGCGAAGCGAAGUCCGAAUCGCGGGCUCGGGGGAUGAAGUGACGCUCGCUGAUGUUGGAGAUCGGAAUCACUGUGAUCGUGGAAAAUGAACAAAUUUCAUGGCGGAUAUGUUAAUACUGUAGAACACGCGCGAGGUACGGGCUAGAGCACGCUCGAUACACCGUAUUUGCAAACAGACCCACGUACACACACACACACACACACACACACACAUACAGAGAGAUACGCAACACGUACACUGCACUCGGGCACGCACAGACGUCCAAGCGACAUCGUAAGAUCCUAGACACUCCUCAAACAUCGUCUGGUCGUCGUGUGCUGUCCGGAGGCUGAUGCACAUGUGCAUCUUGUAAGAUACGACGACACACAACACACGUAAAGAUAAAUUAGAUGAUUUAUGUAAGAUAUAUUUCUAGCGAGAGACGAGACACGGAGGGUGAGAAUGCGGCUUUCGCAGUGCGUGCGUGCGUGCGUGCGUGUGAGAGUGUGCGAGUGGCGCGGAGUCGCCUGUAAAUAAAUCUAUGUCGUAUUCGACUCCGCGAGUGAGGAAGAGAGAGGGAGGAUGAAACAAUUACCAGUAUACGCAGGCCCACCAAAAUGACUCUUAUCCCGCUCGUGAUACCGCCGUCGUCCAUCCGUAAGGACGUGGAGCGCCGAUUCAGAGGAAAGGGAACUGCGAGAGAAAGAGAGAGAGAGAGAGAGAUAUAGAGAGAAAGAGAGACGAACUUUCAGCGAGAGCGAAGAGGACACGAGGGGUUCUGUAACACGUGCCAUAAUCCUGCGAUCUCUCGUUUCACAGCCGACUGAGAGGGCGCUGCCGGAGGGGAAGGAAAAGUAAGAUGAUGAUUAUUUUAUAUUUCGCGAUUGGAGAAAUGUCGAGCGCGAUCGCGACUUGGACUCGCGCGCGCGUCAUGCAAAUUACCAAUCAGCAACCAGUGAUUUUUCCCUCGUCGCGCACACAGCAUUCGGAAACGACGCGGUGGACUUAACUUUCGUGUUCUUCUAGUCUCGUGAAAUUUCCGUUAUGUCGCGCGGUCGCUGAUCCUCUUGCGUCAGAGUGGGACGUGCCCGCGACAGUCGAUACCAAAGAGAUAAUUCAAGACAUUAGGUUAAGAACCCCUCGGAGCGAGCGUCGCGGACAGAUUGAGUUUUGGAUAGCCCGACGCGCGUCACGGCGAAUUACUUUUCGCAAGUAUCUAUCCGGCGUGUGUUCGCGACAGCUAGGAGCAACGGCGGAUUAUCGUACGAAUCGGGAAAAUAUUUUUAUCAUUUUUCAACGUUUCACGAAUCGUCGGGGAUAACAGUAAUUCACGUUCAUCAUGAGUUCGAUGAUUAUGAGCUUUCGCAGUCGUGCACGGAAAAAGCAGUAUGGUUGGCCCACACAGGGGCUAGAUGUCCCAUAUUUCAUAAUUUUUAAAUUACAACUUCUCAGACAAUUGAUUCUUGUGACUGACUACACAAACAUGGUAGCGACAGCCUUCUUCUAUAUGCUAAUGCUCGCCACGAUCAUGUCAAUCGUUUUGUUUUUUAUAAUAAUAAUCAAAAUACGAAUAUGCAAUGACGUAAGCAUCUUGAUCCGGAUCGUUCAGUACCAUGGAGGGUAAAAAACAUUGCAUAUAAAAUAUGUAUCCUGAUUAAUGGUUCCGGGAUCUCCGCGAGAGAUCUCCACAGCCCUCCUGCAGGCCUUUAAUUAUAGGCCAACUUUAUCUCAUUCGUCCAUAUACUCGAUUACAGCAACUUUAUGAGUGGAAAUUGUGCUUUUAUUAUCACACAACUAGAGUAUAUCAUACAUUUGCAAGAAACUUUAUUCUAGCUGGUAACGCUCUGGCUAGUAACAUUGUCGCUUAACUUUAUUCUUUCACAAUGAAAACUUAAGACAAAAGCGAGAAAGUCGAAUUUGUUUUGCCACUACGAAUCAGUUUUUUCUAUUUUUUAAUAUUAUUUCGAUUUCAACAAAACUUAGGGAAAAGAGUAUCCAGAUUUAAAAGACUUUUUCGCAAUGUUAUAUUCACCGUGUUUCUCUCAAGAUGAAGCACAUGAGCUUUACUCCCGAAGCUAUCUGGUUUUCCCCAAAUCUGCUUGUACCAAUCAUGUCGGUUGGUACGAAUAGAUUUUGGUGCGAAUAGACCAAUCAUACAGUUUUUCAUCCGUGUAGACACAAAGACAGAUCUGGCAGGUCUCAAAGCAACUCUCUCGACUGGGAUCUUCGAGUACGUUAAUCCGCCACCGAUGCAAAGUCGCGAGCCGGAGACGCCGGAGAGCGGCGAGGGGCUUAGUCACUUAGCUUUAACGCUUCAAUGCCAAAAAUACGAGCGGCGCUUAUCUAUACCAAACGCCAAACGGCACACACAUCCUUCGUAAUCGUGCGAAACAGGAGGGAGAAGGUAUGGAAUCGAGGUAUGGAAACGCUCUUGCGCCGCGCGUUCGUCGCCGCGCGCGAGCAUUAUUAAUCGUGAGCUCGCGAGUUAACGCUACUUACCGUGAGUAAUUUCCCGCGACGCCGGAAGGUACCGGUCUGUCUCGUUCUCGCGUGUAUCCGGGCUUUCUUUCGCUCACGACCGUCGGACGCCGGUUGCACCAAUGUCGCUUGAAAGUAAGAAUGAAGACUCGUCUGCAAUACGCGGAAUAAGCUUGAUGCAAGUUGGAGCAUGAAUGAAAAGUAAUCGCUUACAUCUAUCAUAUUCUAGCUCCCUUCGAGAACCCGAAGUAUUCCUCUUUACGUAAACGUGAUAAUUAAUUAUUUUUAUUUCUUACUCCAACCUAUACCAAUCUUGCUCCGCGUAUUCUGAACAAGUCUCAAUGCGCACCAUUGCAGACAAGUGGAAUCUGUCUAAUGCCGGAUCUCCUUAUUAUCUCGCAGAUACGAUUACGGGUCAAUCGUCCGUGUUGCGACUGAUCGUUCUGCGCCGGACUGAGUUAACGAUUACGGUUACUCAAUGAAUCCCAAAGCGGACAAAGUCUCGAAAAGCAGCAGCCGCUGGUUGAAGAUCCGCUUUAGUCAGGGAUCUCGCCGCUGAAUGGCGAGGUAAGACGCGUCCGUUCCGGAUGGAAUGAUCGUCGGUGCAAACGGUGCCGCGUUUUCGCAUAGAAAAUUUCUUGGGAUUCAGCCUGGUUUCCCGAAGUAAUUGUGGGUUUUGGAUACAAGUGUAAUGUCUCAAACAUGCGAUUCUAAGCGAGGAAACCCAAAGUUUUCUCAGUUUUUUUCUGGUCUUUAUUUUUUUACGUCAGAAUUGAAUGAACCAUGUUGAUUUUUCAAAUAAUUUCAUUAUUCAGUAAAAUGCUUAAAAUGUUUUAAAAAUAUCUUAUUUUUUUACAUUUCAUUUUAUUGAAUACAGUAGUUGAUAUAAAAAUGAGAUUCUCUGUUUGAUACUUUAAAAAUAUAUCGAUUAAAAAAACGCGAGUUUCCAAAGUAUUUCUGUUUUGAUUUUGGACAAAGAACUAUGAUUGGGAUAAAAAUGGAGUUCCCAAUAGAUAUAACUCAUUUUAGGAUAUACUUGGGCAAGCAGAAUUUAUGCUACGACUGGGAAAAUCUUGGGAAAUUUUUAUGCGGAUUCCACCGAAAGCAGAAUCGUCGUCGUAACGUCCGAUUAAGCAACGCGCGCGAAAUCCGAGAGAACGCAGGUGUAAUGGGAAGUUAGUUUGUACAUCGAGUACUUGUAAAUUACCGAACAACAAUGGAUCGAACCCGACGACUAUCGUAUCGCGUUAAUACAAAGAUCCUGUGACAUAGCGGAGAGUGGAAGAGAGAGAGAGAGAGAGAGUGAGAGAGAGAGAGAGAGGGAGAGAGAGAGAGAGAGAGAGAGAGUCGGACGAUAGAAGGCGAUACAGUGACGAGCGAAGGACACCGUCUCCCACGUGUAGGCGGAGAGAACGAGGGACGAUUCUUUCCCGUUUUUUAUCCAUCUGUAUAUAAUAUCACUUACUAGGGCUCUAUUAAUAUAUUUACGACCGCUCCCCUUCGCGCGGGGGCUCCCAUUACUACCGAGAAAAUAUAACAUUCUUAUAAAUACAA